AUGUUCGUUGUGGUCCACCCCGACACUGCCAGGGGGAAGAUUUCGCAGAUUUCGGCCGAUCCCGCAGCCGACGUCGAGCACCUUCCGGCCGCCGAGGAAACAACGCGCCUUCCAUUUGGCGCCUUGAAGCUCACGCAACCGAGCCGUGUACUGGUGUCGGUGGUAUCACCGCUACCUUCGUAUCGGCCUCCCAGGAAGGCCUGUGUUCUCGCGAUUGUUCUCGCGUCGAUCGUUGGUGGAUCUUCGAACUCGGCCACUGGAGACUCACUUUCGUCGAGUGAUCCGGAUCAUAACCUCACGAUUCGCCGACAUGUACGCCCCACGCCGAGAAGCCGACCCCCGGCGACGCAUACACUCCCGCCUGUGAAGACCGAUGGCACACCCGAGUCGGUGCAACCGCACCGAAUUUCCGUCGUCGGCCGGUUUACCAGGGCGAACACACUCUCAAUGCACUCAUCGACGAGAUACUUCCCUGACGAAAACCCAGACUCACUCCCGGCGGGCGGCCGUUGGUCGUCGAAGAAGUCCUUCUGUCUUCGACCACGGCCCGGACGGAUCAGCUGCGGUCAUCCG